UUCGUCCGGUGUCUAUGGUAGAGUGAUCUUGCGGCAAGAAGUGUUGGAAAAACGACAAUGUGGAGGAUUCUUGGAAGAAGAAGAACGUUCAGACUGUGUGCUUUAUUACUGGUAUGUCGGUUCGAUUUGUCCAUUGGUCUACCGACGGAACAACCAACGAGGUUCACGUUAAGCACCGGUGACAGAAAUUUGGAGAACAUGGCUGUCGGGGCGGAGUCCAGAUUCGCGCAAGGUCGAGCGUUCGUAGCAAUGGUAGUUGUAAUAGAGAGGGUUAAAGCUGGUUGCACUGAGAAAUUUGGGGAAAAGUUUGGUGUAAAAUUGUGUGCAGGUAGAGAAAGGAAUCAAGCUCAGAAUGGUGGACAGGUAAAAACCAAUCUGAUCCAGAAUAGUAGGCAGGUAAAAGAAAAAUCUAAUCCAGAAUGGUGCACAGAAUGGUGGGCAGAAUGGUGGGCAGAUUACAAGAAAAAUUUGUAUCCAAAAUGGUGGGCAGGUGAAACAAUAGCUCUAGACCAGUAUGGUGGACGAAUAAAAAAUAAUCUGGUGCAGAAUGCUGGGCAGGAAUUGUUAGGCGGUAUCGCGGACGCGCUAAGAAUCGGCACAGGGAGGCUCGUGAAUUCCGUCACGUUGACCAGAAACAUCAUAGCCGACCGGGCGGAGUCAUUGGCCAGUGAAUCGAGGAACAAUCCAACCAUAGUGACGAUAGGAAAAUCGGUAGCCUUCAACGAGGGUGAAAUCCAGGUGGAAACGACCACCCAGUAUCCACCAGUGACGAACACUCACGCGACGGCGCGUGAAACGGUUCGACUGGAGAACGAAACAGGUCAAAGUUUACUGGAGAAACCAUUCUCCAAGCCAAUCACAGGUGUUCUAGAAUCGUUCCUGAGCCCAACUCCGUUGGUGGACGGUAUCAAGGAGCAAGAGAAGUAUGGAAACUCGGGGGAUAAGUUUAUCGGGAUCGGCAGAGCUCUGGUCAGCAGUUUCGAAGGAUUCAGCAAUUUCUUGAACGCAAUCAUCGACUUCCCACGCAACGCUGCGAAGAAGACCUCGAGAGGAAUCACAGAGGCGCUGAAUCACGUUGGAGCUCGGUUAAUCGGUCUCGAAUGA